AUGGCAGAGGGUUACGGACAGGAAGGUAUACGGGGUGCUUUUGUGGGGAUACAGCCUAUUCAGCCAGUUGGACAGCAGUGUUUUCAGCCAGCCAACCCUCAGUUCGUUCCCGCUCAGCAAUAUGCUCCUCAGCCGUACCAGCAACCUAUCCAACCGUCCCUUCACCAGUUCCUCCAGCAGUCAAUCCAGCUGCCCCUACAACAGCAUCUUCAGCAACCACUCCAGCAAAUCGGACCUGCUCUAAAUGGCGCUGUCAUGAACGUGCAGUGUCCUAUUCCCGAGACAGCCCAGGCACCCCUUCAACAAUACGCGCAGCAAUCUUUCCCACAGCCCGAUUCUCAAUGUCCACAACAGUUCGUCCAGACCAUUCAGCAACCUCCACCGGUAAACCAGCCAAUUUCCAGACGGUCCAACCAGAUGGUCGAGGCGUCACGCCGGGCGUCUCUCCCCGCCGCUGCCCGAGUGGCGGCGCCGAGCGAUCCUACAGUGAAUGCCAUGUACGCCCGCUUCCUCGGAGGUCCCAUAACAAAGCCUAUGUUUGCACGGUUAGUCCCACUAGACGACGCCCCGGAAGAAGUAGUUCAACCGCCGGCAAGAAGGGCAUCAUCCCCAGUUCAAGGUACCGUAGUAGUGCCGCCAACGCCUCAACCUGCGGUUCAGCUGCAGAGUGGUGGCGGCCAGAAUGCUGUCGGUCUGUCUUUGGAAAACGAAAUAUUACUGAAAGACCGCCAGAAGAGAAAGAGAAAGAAGGCGCGGAAGCGAAAGAUAAUACUAGAAACGUCAUCCUCAGAUUCGGAACCUGGGCAAGAGCAGCAGCAGCAGCAGCAGCCAUCUACAGUUCCAUUGCAACCGACCUCAGCUCCUGGAGAAGGUGCCACUUGA